UUUGCCCUCAUCUCUCAUCUCUUUCUUCAUCUCCUCAUUCUCCCUUUCAACUUUUUGGUCUAACGACCGUGGUUCACCACCAUGUUCUCCCUGGCGCUCCUCGCCGCCGCUGCUUCUUCUAUCCUCCCCACAGCCUCAGCCACUCUUGCUCCCAUUGUUCGCAAAGGUCCAUACCUCUUCGACUCGUCCUCCGGUGACCGCUUCUUCAUCAAGGGAGCCGCUUACCCGGCCAACUACGGCUCCUCGCAGACACAACCCGAUGGUUCCAUCUCCAAACUCGACCCGCUCGCCAACACCGAUGGCUGCAAGCGUGAUGUCAGUUACUUCCAGGAGCUCGGUAUCAACCUCAUCCGUGUGUACCAGGCGAACUCGAGUUUGGACCACUCGGAGUGUAUGAGUGCGCUGGACUCUGCUGGGAUCUACGUAUUGCUCGAUCUGGCGACACCGAGCGACAACGGCGCUAUCAGCUCGAGUUCACCGAGUUGGAACACGGGCUUGAUGACUUCAUUCUUGAGCACGGUCGAUGCGUUCGGAGCGUACACUAACGUCCUUGGUUUCAACGUCGGAAACGAAGUUAUCACUGCUACGACCGAUAUUCAAGCCGCACCCUAUGUCAAGGCCGCUCUCCGUGACGUCAAGUCAUACAUUUCCACUCACGGUUUCACCCAACUCGUCGGUUACACCGCUACAGACACGCCCAACUCUCGCAUCGCAUUCCCGUACUACCUUGCCUGCGACGAUUCUCUCGGUGGCAGCGGCUACUUCGACUACUGGGGGCUGAACAUCUACGAGUGGUGCGGAGAGUCCGACUUCGUGACCUCCGGCUACCAGGCGAGGACUGCGGAGCUGGCUGCGUUGGGCAUUCCUGCGUUCUUCUCCGAGUACGGUUGCAACUCUGUCGAGCCCCGUACUUUCGAAGAUGUUCCGGUCCUUUACAGCUCCAACAUGACCGACGUCUGGUCUGGUGGUAUUGUCUUCGAAUUCAUUAACGAAUCAAACGACUUCGGUCUUGGUAACGUCUCUUCGGACGGCAGCUCAUACACCCCCAGCACCGACUUCACAAACUACCAGUCCGCGCUCUCUUCCGCCGCAUCUGCGAUCCCCACCUACUCCCCGCUUGCAUCGUACACCCCCACCGUCACUGCCCCUACGUCUUGCCCGACCACGAAUGACACCUGGACUGCCUCCAACACGCUGCCCCCUACGCCCAACGGCGAUCUCUGCGACUGUGUCGUUUCCCAGCUGAGCUGUGUGUACAACCCCUCCGUGAUCUCGUCCGUUGCCGAGGUCGGGACCGCCAUUGGUGUCGUCUGCGGUAUCUCCUCCAACUGCACGUCUGUCUCCGGUAACGGCACCACUGGUGUUUACGGCGACUUCUCGAUGUGCGACCCUACGCAGGUGUUGGAUAUUGCCCUCGACGCGUACUACGAGUCCCAAUCACGCUCAGCGGAUGCUUGCGACUUCUCGUCGUCCGCGAGCUUGAAGACUGCGUCGACUCAAUCC